AUGGCCGAAAUAAAAAGUCGAAAACCAGCAAAUACGGCUUUUAAACAACAACGGCUCAAGUCUUGGCAACCUUUGUUAACACCUAAAACUGUAUUACCCACCUUAUUUGCCGCUGGUAUUGUAUUCGCUCCUUUAGGUGGACUUUUUUUAUAUGAAAGUGAAACUGUCAAUGAAAUUGUCAUCAACUAUACUGGCUGUGAUGCUGUUGGAUCUCAAGAAACAACAUUAACUGGAGACUUGUAUAGUUAUAAAUUCACAUCGGAUAAUUCGACAGUUAUUCGAGCACCUAGUUAUAAAAGUGUUCCUAGUAGUACGUUUUUGGAUUCUUCACCAGUGAAUGGCGGAACGAUCAAUCAAUGUUUUAUUAAAUUCUCGAUUCCUAUGGAACUUAAACCACCCAUCUAUAUAUUUUAUCAACUCACCAACUUUUAUCAAAACCAUCGAAAAUAUGUCAAAAGCCUGAAUUAUAACCAACUAGCAGGUGAAGUUAUCUCGCAAGGGGACGCUGCUGCUUCUUGUACUCCUGUGGCAACAGAUGCGAAUAAUAAAAUUUAUUAUCCUUGUGGUUUGAUUGCCAAUUCUAUGUUUAAUGAUUCAUUUUCUAGUUUACGAUUACUCAAUCCAGCCAAUACAAGUAGUGAUAACAAGACAUAUACAUUCAGUGAAACAGGAAUUGCUUGGCCAUCCGACAAACAACGAUUUAAAAUGACAUCAAUGCCUUUGGAUCAAAUCACUCCUCCUCCCAAUUGGAUUCGACGUUACCCAAAUUACACUGCUGAUAAUCUGUUUAAUCCACAAACUGAUGAACAUUUCCAAGUAUGGAUGCGAACUAGUUGGUAUCCUACCUUCAGAAAAUUGUAUUCAAAUUAUCAACAAGGUGAUUCUUUGGCUCCUGGUACUUAUGAAAUUCAAGUAGAUUUGAAUUAUAAUAUCACGGCUUAUGGUGGAACCAAAUCAAUCAUCAUCACAGGAACUUCUUUCUUAGGUGAUCGCAAUGCUUUUAUGGGAUUGGCGUAUAUUAUUUUUGGAUGUGUUGCAGCUCUAUUUGGGAUCACUUUCUUGGGUUGGCACUUCUUCAGACCUAGGUAA